AUGUCUCACAAAAGGUUCUAUGUGAGGCUAAAUUUGCAGCUCCAUGCGCUUACCUGCCCGGGCGUUUGGCUUUGCUCCCACGGAUACUUGGAGGCCACCAUCAAAACAUUGGGAUACUAUUUCCGGACUGGAGCCAUGGAGCCACGGUUCCCAAUGCUUUGUCACGAUCAGUUCACCAUGGAGGGAUAUUUUAAGAGUGUCGGCUGCCUGGAGGAGUUGCACGACCUUCUGAGGUCUGAGCAGCUUGAGAUAACACUCUGGCAAAAUGGGAGACGACUGGCUUACUUUGUUGGCAAUCUCUCGGAUGUAAUGCAUCCGACAGUGCCCCGCCUAAGUUGCCCCCACAGCUCCAAUGUCCAGCUGUUGAUGAAGGCCACUCCUGCCUUUCCGGGCAUCUUGGCGCCCAAGGUGGAGCUCUCUGCCCAGCUCACCACGCAGGAUCGCAGAAAAGGCUGCAGGUGCUCCAGUUUCCGGGAUGAGACUGCUGUCCCAAUCGCCAAUCGCCAUGUGGAAAGUAGGUGUUUGGGUCAAAUGGAGCAGCCGCGAAAGCAGCAGACCGUGUGCCAUGGACGGAAGUCCAACUGUUGUCCCAAUUGGAAGUAUCCUGCGCCUCCUGAUCAGGCAAAGCCUCCACAUCGACGCCUUUCCACUUGUUCGGGAAGCACUCAAAUGAGUAGUGUCAGCCAGAGCUCCUCGCUGACGCAGUGCAGCCACCUGUCGAGCUGCAGCGAAGUGGUCGAUGAGCACCAGAGCAGCUGCGACAUCUGCCAAACUUACAGACGCAUGUUUCCUGAUUAUUAA